GGACGUCACGCAUGCGCAGACAGGAAAUCGUGUGGAAUAUGAAAAGAGGGUAAACAGGUAACAGCUAGCGUAAUAAAACGGAUAAGAUGGAUUCACAGAAAGAUCUACAGCCGCCCAAACAACAGCCUAUGAUCUACAUUUGUGGAGAAUGUCACACUGAAAAUGAAAUCAAGGCCCGUGAUCCUAUCAGAUGCAGAGAGUGUGGCUACAGAAUCAUGUACAAGAAGAGAACAAAGAGAUUGGUUGUUUUUGAUGCCCGAUGAAGAGGAGGAGAGAAGCAGAUUUGACUUUUGUUGUUUACUAUUUUUAUAGUGUUUGGCCAUGUAAAUAAACAGACAUUGAAGCCUG